UUCGAGCUCAUUCCUGGAUUUUGUCAAAGGUAAGUGGAGUCAGAAAGACAACGAGGCUUAUUUAUAACAUUUCUCCGUCUUAAAUGCGAAAUUUAUACUGAGUUUAUUCAAAAGCCAACAAAGGACCUUUUGUAUAGACGAUGGACGACGGAAUUUGUGAGAGUCGACAUUAAAUGUGUGUUUUUUGUGUGUUUUUCAGGUAUGAAUUCAUUUUGCCGAAGACUGAACCGUCGAGGACUUUGAACAGCUCUACUCAAAUUCAUGUUUUUUUCCUCAAGUAAUGGACAUUUGAUUACUAUUUUUGCCUCCAGUUUGUUCUUGAAGGACAGGCUAGCCUUUAGCUAUCUCAGUCCCACCCAUUAAGUAUUUCAGUUGAUAUUAAAACCAUGAAGAUUGACGAUAUAAAAUUGAUCAAAUAAGAGAUAUAAGUGCCUGAAAAGCACAGUCUAACAUACCCGAGACGCUGAGGACCUAUAUUAAAAAUAAUAUGGCCGGGGGACUAGUAGACCCUAGAGAGAUCUUGAAAGGGGUGGAGGCUCUGUUGGGAAAAGAUGGAGAACUUCGCAGCCUGGAGGGGGUUCCGAAGGUGUUUAGCCUGAUGAAAGCUUCUACCAAGAUGGUCAGUAGAUGUAUGUACCUGAACAUCCUGCUUCAGACAAAAUCCCAUGAUGUUCUUAACAGGUUUAUUAGAGUUGGUGGCUAUAGGCUACUCAACUCCUGGCUCACCUACUCCAAAACCACCAACAACACCCCCCUACUGCAGCUUAUUCUGCUCACACUACAGAAGCUGCCUCUCAAAGUGGAUCAUCUCAAGCAGAACAACACAGCCAAGCUGGUGAAGCAGCUGAGCAAGAGUGCAGAGACUGAAGAUUUGCGGAAGUUAGCGUCGGUGCUCGUAGAUGGCUGGAUGGCUACAAUCCGCUCCCAGAGUGUCUCGAGCAGUGGCAACUCCCCUGCUGAUAAGAAAAAGAAGAAGGAGGAGAGCAAGGUACCAGUGCGAGAUUUGAAGGAAAAGAGUGGAGAUGAGGAGAAGAAGAAGGAGAAACCUAAAGCUCAUGCACCCAGCCACGCAAAAAUUCGCUCCAUAGGAUUGGAGAUGGACACUCUUAGCCCAGCCCCUGCUAAAAAGACGCCUGCUGCCCCACAGCUUGGUGACAAGUACAACAUUAAGCCUCCAGUCCUCAAGAGGCCAAGUUCUGGUCCAUCAGAUGUUCCACCUCUGGAGAAAAAAUACAAACCUCUGAAUACUCCCUCAAACUCUGCAAAAGAGAUCAAAGUCAAGAUCAUUCCAGCACAACCAAUGGAGUGCACAGGGUUCCUAGAUGCCCUGAAUUCUGCCCCGGUGCCCGGUAUCAAGAUCAAGAAAAAGAAACCUGGUAUUAGUAGUACAACUAAUACCAAAGCAGUCUCUCCUACGUCUAACAAGGCGAGUCCAUUUGACAGCAAACCCUCUUCGUACUCUACAUCAUCUACUAAACCGUCAUCUCCAGAAACUUGUGCUGCCACCACUCCUGCUGAUGAAAACCAGGAGGUAGAGCAGCCUGGGACCCCUGUUCCCUCUGAAGACCCUGAGGCUUCUGAAAAUGGUGAGAAACCUAAUGCUCUGGCAGAACCACGUGGAGAAGAAGAAAGCCUGACCAAGAAGGGCAAAAAGAAGAAGACAGUUCACUGGGCUGAGGAGGAGCAGCUGAAACACUACUUCUACUUUGAUCUGGAUGAGACAGAGAGAGUCAAUGUUAACAAGAUUAAGGACUUUGGUGAGGCUGCCAAACGAGAAUUGAUGAUGGACAGACAGACAUUUGAGAUGGCCCGUCGGCUUUCUCAUGAUACCAUGGAGGAGAGGGUCCCCUGGACACCCCCAAGGCCCCUCAUGUUGACUGGCAGCCUGGUCACCCCUGGGGCCAACAGUACAGAAAAGCUUACCCAGAGAGAUCGUGAGAUGGGUAUCCUUCAGGAAAUCUUCCUCAGCAAAGAAAGUGUGCCCGACAGUCCACAUGAGCCAGACCCAGAGCCUUAUGAACCCAUGCCUCCCCGUCUUAUCCCUCUGGAUGAAGACUCUUCCAUGUUGGAUGAUGGCUACAGUGAACCCAUGGACACCACACCACAGCAGGGCUCUGCCAUGGCCCAGACUGAGAGCUCAAAGCUGCCACCUGUCCUUGCAAACCUCAUGGUCAACCUGAGCAACAGCUCUCGCAGCCCGCAAGCCACGAACACUGUCAACAACCCAGUGGCUCCCACUGUCAAUGUACAGGAGCUGCUUUCAUCUAUUAUGGGUGCAUCUGGUAACCAGUCUACUGAAGACUUGAUAAAGCAGCCCGACUUCUCAGACAAGAUUAAACAGCUACUGGGCUCCUUACAGCAGACCCAGAACCAGAACCAGGGUGGACCUCCCCCAGUUAACCAGGGUUUGCUGGGCCACAGUCCAGGCCUGAACAGUAUGAACAACAUGAACAUGCACAUGCAGAUGCCCAUGAAUGGUGGCUACCCACCCAGCAACCCGCCUGGUGGGCCUCGCUUCAACCACCCCCCUCCUCCUCACAACCAUGGACCACCUUUCAAUGCCGGUGGAGGCCCACGCAUGAUGGGGCCACCUCCGGGCCAGGGCCGAGGAGACAAUGGCAACUACUGGGGAGACGACUCCAUGAGAGGAGGACCUCACCGAGGGGGUCACUUCCACCGGGGAGGCCGGGGCCGAGGAGGAGAGCCGGGCUUCAGGGGCCGGGGACGAGGAGGGCCUAGAGGAGGACACAACAACAUGAAUGACAUGUCCAAGAGGCCUGUGUGUCGUCACUUCAUGAUGAAGGGAAGCUGCAGGUAUGAAAGCAAUUGUGCCUUCUACCACCCCGGGGUAAACGGACCGCCACUGCCCCCCAAUCACCCUGCUAACAACCAACACAACCAGCACCCACAGCAUGGACACUAGGCAACACUGCUGCCAACCUGGGCACAACUCCGGUAACUGCUGGCCUCUGGAAAAGCCAUUCUCUGUGAUCAAACCACUGUAAGGCUAAUGUUUAACACACAAACAAGAGUAGGAAGUUGUUCUGUCCUACACUCUGAAGUGUAUGUGAAGUCAUUCAGCUGGUGACUAACCUGGAGCAGAGCUGUGCUACACCUGAGAACAAACAAGAGAGAAGGAAGUGUAUCUGAGGAACUCCAUGGCUGUGAGAUGGUAGCUGAUGGGACUGUGAGUUUUUAUUGUGAUCAGUUUUAACAGUGAGACUGAAACAAGUCACUAUACUUGACCACUGUGUGUGGAUUGCUGCAGCUAGUUGUCCAUCUGCUUGUCACUGAACAAUAAUGUCUUCAACCAGAUGGAAGUCUCCUUUCCACACGACUGAGUUCCUUUCUUAUUGUGGCUGCUGUACUGAGUAACUACAUGUGAUAUUCCCUGUUUUGAUACUCCAUUUGCCAUGUUUGUACAAAAGAGUCAGAAAUCUUUUCCCUUCUUACAUGAUUCUUAAAUGUGAGACAAAUACUUAGGAAGCACUUUAUAAAGAUGAAGGCCAAUAGAAUUAAGCCACAGCUGUGAUUUAUUAAAACUGGGCCUAAAGAUAAAGAAUUGUUUAGUAUUAACCUGUUUUUUUUUUUUUUGUUUUUUUUUCUUUUCAACCAGUCCAAAAGGGAAAAAUAGAAAUGAAUUCUGCUGACCUAGUGAGGAAGGCCUUUUCGUUGUUUCUUUCAGCAGCUGGUCUUGAAUGUCAAGAGAUUGUGAAGAAGCAACAGCAUCGUGUGUUAUCAUGUGUAAGCUUUCCCUCUGUGCAGCUCACAGUCACACUGGCAGCUUUGUGUGUGUGUGGUGUGACAACCUUGAGUGUCAAAAAUACUGUGGUCCUGUCAGAAGAGCAACUUGUCUCAGUGCUGCUGCCUGUGUCCUCUCUACUCCCAUCUGAACCCAGGACAGGUUUCUCUUGUCAGUAUUAAGGAGUUAGAUGAAUGAUGAACUGCUCUGUGGGUUGGCUGUAUUGGAUGUUUUCUGUGAAAACAAUGGCCUUUGUGUCUCUUGUGGGACUGUUAGAAUGUCAUGGUUUCUGUUGCUCCCUCCACCUUCCAUGUGCUUUUUUUUAUACUAUCUUUACAAUGUUGGCCCCUUUCAAAAUGGGUUUUUGUCAUUAUGAAAUGUUUGUAUUCAUGUGUUUGUAUGAGUACAGAAUACACAUUCAUAAAUAUCAUAUUUUCAGUUGGAUCUUUUUGUACCAGUGUAUUUGAAUAAAUGCCCAAGUAUGGAAUGUGCUGUGGGUUUUUUUUCAGUGGGAUUGCUGAGAGCAUGUAGACUGGAUGAAAUGAAAUCAUGUGCACUGAAAUAGUUUUCAGACAUUCCCUCUGCCCCAACUGUCCAUGAAGUGAUCCCCACCCAAGCCAGACUCCACCAUUAAAGAGAAAAUAGGACACACAAAUGCAGAUUCAACCUUAGCCGGGCAAGUUUACAAAUAUCUAUUUAGUUUAUGUUUGCAGAACAAUGCAAACAGCACAAACUGCAGCCUUAAAAUGACUUGAAAUGAAACAGAUAAACUUAUUUAGGAGGCACAAGGGUUGUAUGCAUCAUGAGGAUUUAUUUUAAUGCUCUUAUCUUGUCUGGACUAAAAUCUUAAAUGGUGUGACACUACACCACUACCACCCCAGAAGUUAGUUUGUGCUGUUAGGUUACACCAGUUCAACAGUAGCAGACCAGACUGAAACACUCUGGGCCAGGCCAUAUCUAUUUACCUAACAUUUCACUAUCAUGUUGGGCUUCCCAGACCAUCAGCAUCGCCUCUCAUAUAAUGGGUUUGCCAUCUGAAUACAGUUAUUGAAGAUAAGAUGACAGGACAUUAAGUUAUUUUCAAAUUAUAUAUUAAUAUCCUAUUACCCUAUUAAAUUAGUUAAAUAGUUACCUUUUUAUAAUUAUUAGGGGGUUCCAUAUAAAGUGUUGCCUCUUUAAUUUGAACAUGUGAUCAUUUUGUGUAUUAUUGAUUUUGAUUUCUACUUACUAUUACUACUUACUAUACUUAUUAUUGAUUUCUUCUUCUUGGUCUUACCUAGCUGAGUAGUUUUAAAAUUCAUUAUAACACUCAGUUUGGAUGUUUUUCUUUUUGGCACCAAGGAAUACAUUUACUGCUUUAUCCCAAGGCAGAAAAAAAGAACUAAAAAGCUUUCUUCAACAAAACAAAAGUAAUUAAGGUGGAGCAGUGAAAGCAGUGAAUAGCUGUGUUAAGUGAAAAUCUCUUGAGUUAGUUAACACAUGUGCUAGUAUUUCACUUUAUCUCAAUCAAGUUCAGGUGUUCAAGAGCUGUUGCACUGGGCUCCGCAUUAAACCAGGAAGUUGCAUCCUAUUUGAGUGGGUUGGCCAAAAGAAGUGUGUCUGUAUGAUUUAUGUUAUCAGGGCAGGGCUGAGUGCAGUUGGUGAAUGUGAAGUGCUAAUAGGAGUGGCCUUUAACACUGCCCUGUAGUUCAAAUAUUGACCAUGGUGCUGUGACAACACAGUAACAGAGAGAAGCAUGCAUGGAGUGAAAGCCAGUAAAGAAAGAGCAGGGGGUUAAGGACACCUCAUCACUAAACUGCUCCCACAUCCUGGUUACAAACCAACAUCACAACAUACGGCAUCUAAAACAAUUAUUUAUUUAGUACAAUGGGACAUUUGGUUUGUCAGGCACUUUACUGGAAGAAUGCAAUGAGUAUAAUACAGAAAACAGUACGAGCAGUAUAGGAACCAGCUAUUUUAAGGAAUAAAACAGGACUCAAAUAAAAUCAAAAGUAGAUAAAAUGAUAUAACAAUAACCUAUCAAAGUUUUAGACAGUAAUUUGAAAUCAGUGAAUGUAAGGGCAUGGAAAACAUUUUUUGUUUUGUGGGUGUUACAAUGUGUUAUCCAUUACAUGUCAUGCUUAAAUGAAAGUGUUUUAAUGAUGUACAGUCUGUGACAAGACUGUCUAACAAUGGCAGUCCAUAUUAAAGAGACAGACAAACAUGGGGAGACAAAGAUGUGUGUGACAGAUACCACAGGCCAUGGCUUAUAUCAAACUGUGCUUAAAAGUUGGCAAAAUUGGAAUGGGAAUUUUGCCUUUUUAAGUUUCCUGAAGUAGUCCUUUCUUGAUCAGUCUUUACAAUGUAUAAAUCUGUAAUAACAUGUGCCUUGUCUGAAGUUAUACUAUGUGUCUGACCAUUAAAAACAUGGCUAUGUUUA